GAUAUCUUUUGCAGCACCCAUACAUAUCUCUGUGUGCUGUAUUUUUCUGUCUCAUUGGUACAAAGAAGCUUCAAUGUAAUAAGUCUGGAUUGCACUUCAUCCAAUCCUGGGUUGGUGUGGUGUUGCAGCCAUGUCCACCACCAUAACUUCUCUUCCCCCCUCCCUCCCCCUCCGCCACAACUCUAGGGUUUCGCUUUGCAGUCCUCUCUCCUCUCACAUUUCAUUCCAAUCAUUCACCUUUUCAACAAAAAGAUGGAGAAUUUUGUGUUUCAGGCAUGAAAACACUCCAUCAGAAGCUAAUGGCUUUGAGUUUGAAGAAGAUAAGUUGUCAGAAGAUUUGGUGAAGCCUAAAGGUGACCAGUCCAAAGACUUGAAAAAUGAUUGGCUUGCAGCUCUUGAUAUGGUCAAAACUUCCUUUCUUGGUGGGGAACCCUGGACAGUUCCAUGGACAGCAAAGACAAUUGUUCAGGUUAUGCUCCUCUGGAUUGCCUCAUUUUGGUUGGUAGGAUCUUGGAUAGUUCCAUUUUUAGCUUACACAGCAGGGUUUAGAAAGGAAACUCUUUCAUAUAGAGGGCAAGCAUUGUACAGCCUCUUGACUGAUGUUGCUGAAGGUGUGGUCGGGAUAGCAAUACUCCGUCGCUGUCUCGCAAGCUUUCAACCACUUCCGCCGAACUGGUUCAAAUUUGAACUCAAAGGGAACUGGCAGUUUGAUGUUGGUUUAGGUUGCCUCAUGUUCCCUCUUAUCAAUCAACUAUCACAAAUGAACCUAAAUUUGUUGCCUGUUCUUCAAUACACUCCAGUUACCGUCUCAAGUGUUGAGCAAUCAAUUGUAGCACGAGACCCUGUAGCAAUGGCCCUCUAUGCGGUGGUGGUCUCAGUUUGUGCGCCGAUAUGGGAGGAGAUUGUGUUCCGUGGUUUCCUUCUCCCAUCUUUAACUAGGUACAUGCCUGUAUGGAGUGCAAUAUUAGUUAGCUCAGUAGCUUUUGCCUUGGCACAUUUUAAUAUUCAGAGGAUGAUACCUCUUAUAUUUCUUGGCAUUGUAAUGGGUGCUGUCUUUGUACGGUCUAGAAACCUCUUGCCAUCAAUGUUGUUGCAUAGUUUGUGGAAUGCUUUUGUAUUUCUGGACCUCAUGAAAUAAUAUUUUGUUACUAUUUUCUUA